AUGGAAGCCGCGUUGGAGAUUGGGGUCAAGGUGCUAGAAGUCGUCGGAGAUUCCAACCUGGUUGUAUCACAAGCAAACGGAGAAUGGAAGGUCAGAGACGAGAAAAUGAAGCCGUAUCAUCAGCAGCUCAAUGAACUCCUCUCGAAUUUUCAAAGGGUAACCUUCACGCAUGUACCGAGGAUGAAGAACCGCUUCGCAGAUGCCCUGGCCACUUUGGCAUCCAUGCUGGAACUUCCAAUUAGGGUGAAGCUAAGGCCUGUCAUGAUUGAGCAAAGGGGAAAACAUGUGUAUGACUAUGUCAUGAGCAUCGACGAACCGGACGAUGGACUCCCUUAG